AUGAGCUGGGAACUCAUCUGACGUCACUUCCUGUUGUUGUUCGCGUUUCGGUUCCGAUAAGCUGUGCGAGAUGUACAGAGGCCGUGGGGUCCUCGCUGGCUGCUGACAAGGCGUUCACACGAUAUCACGAGCAGCCGGGCACGGUGACAGCGUGUGAGCUAACCUGCGGCGAAAGACCUCUCUGUUGGUUACCUCUGAACUGUGAAUAUGGCUGCUCCCUGUCCUCCACCUUCUCCAGCUGUCGCCAAGACUCUGGUAACCACCAGUGGAUACUCUCCUGUGUUGGCCGCUACCUUUGCCUACUGGGACAACAUACUUGGACCUCGAGUGAGGCAAAUCUGGGCUCCUAAGACUGAUGAAGUUGUUCUGAGUGAUGGGGAGAUUACAUUUCUGGCGAACCACACUCUGAAUGGCGAAAUCCUGCGUAGUGCAGAGAGUGGAGCCAUCGAUGUAAAAUUUUUUGUCUUGGCAGAGAAAGGAGUGAUCAUUGUGUCACUGAUAUUUGAUGGAAAACGGAAUGGUGAUCGCAGCACAUAUGGCCUUUCCAUUAUUCUACCACAAACAGAGCUGUGCUUUUACCUGCCUCUACACAAUGUCUGUGUAGCUCGUCUUACCCAUUCCAUAAGAAAAGGACGUAUACUGAUGCACAAAGGCCAAAACAUAAUUCACAUGUUGACAGGAGAAGUUGUCCCUAUAAUGGAGCUCCUUUCAUCUAUGAAGUCACAUGGUGUUCCUGAAGACAUAGAUAUAACGUCCACUGUGCUUAAUGAUGAUGACAUUGGUGACAGCUGCCAUGAGGACUUUCUCAGCAAUGCUAUCAGCUCACACUUACAGACCUGUGGAUGCUCCGUGGUGAUGGGUAGCAGCGCUGAGAAAAUUAACAAGAUGGUGAGGACACUGUGCCUUUUCCUGUCUACGACAGAACGAAAAUGCUCCAGACUAUGCAGAUCAGAAUCUUCUUUCAAGUACGAGUCUGGAUUGUUUGUACAAGGGCUGCUAAAGGAUUCUACUGGAAGCUUUGUGUUACCAUUCCGACAAGUAAUGUGUGCACCCUACCCUGCCACUCACAUAGAUGUAGAUGUAAACACAGUAAAGCAGAUGCCCCCAUGCCAUGAACACAUUUACAACCAGCGAAGGUAUAUGAGGUCAGAGCUGGCUGCUUUGUGGAAGACAACUUCAGAUGAGGACAUGGCAACCAAUUCCAUUAUACAUACAGAUGAAAACUUCAAACUUAACCUGAAUAUUUUUCAAGAUAUUCUUCACAGAGACACAUUUGUAAAGUCCUUUUUGGAGCAGGUCUUCCAGUUGAAACCUAACUUAUCCCUAAGAAGCACAUUCCUGGCACAAUUUCUGCUAAUACUUCACAGAAAGGCCCUGACCCUGAUUAAAUACAUAGAGGAUGACACACAAAAAGGCAAGAAAAUCUUUAAAUCACUACGUAGCUUAAAAACAGACCUGGAUCUGACAGUAGAGGGCGAUCUAAACAUUAUCAUGGCUUUAGCUGAAAAGAUUAAGCCAGGGCUUCACUCCUUCAUGUUUGGAAGGCCUUAUCACAUCAGUGUGCAAGAGAGAGACAUGUUAAUGACAUUUUAAAAAUUUCCACAAUUAUGCUGAAAGUUAUACUGCUUCUGUAUGGACAUAUCCGACAUUCUAUAAAGUGCCAGGAUUCACAUGGACAGAGACAGUCACUGGUAUUGGGGUUUUUUCCAUCCUAUUAUGAAGGUGCCUCAUUUGUUCUAACAUACAGAAAAUAUUGAAACCGUGGAAUCACUUUGCAUGUUGUCAUGUCUGCUGUAUGAUCUGACCAUUCUGAUUAUUAGUAGACUGAGUAUAUAUGAAUGUGCUGAUCUUUUAUGUUUUUGUGCUGAACACAGAUCAAUGAGAAUCUAGGCAGAAGACUUAACCAGAGAUAUUUACAAAAAUGUGAAAUUACACAAUAUAAUUCACAAUGUAUCUGGUUUGUAUAGCUUCUGGAAGUAAAAUGUAUUAUGUUUCUUAAAUUUUAUUUAUAAAAAUGAUCAAAAUGUGUACAAAGCAAUUUUUUUUUAUUUUUAUUUUUUGAGGUAUUGUCAUCCAUGUAUAUAUUGAGGUAUGUGUUAAGACAAAUCUUUACAUUGUGUAACAUUUUUGUGCCAGCUUGCAUAAGUACCUUUAUGAUUGCUGUGUUCUUGGAAUAAAGAUCUUUGUGCCUAA